UAUUUUGCUGAUCUACGGCUUUCUCAAGUGUCUUUUUAAGAAGAUUAUUUAUAUUCCGUUCCAUUAUGAAUCUCAAGUUUAGUGGGUCAUCUUGAUUCUUUCUGGUCGUGGUGUCUCUGAAAUGAUUCCUGCUUCAGUUUGUACGUAUCAAGAUAUCAAGAGGGUCGCAUCAUAAAAGAAUUCUAAGUUAGUAUCUUGUGACGCUGUGUGCGUGUGUUGAGUUUGUGUCAUGAAUUUUGGCCAACUUGUAUGGUGCUGUAACAGUUCCAGCGGGGAAACUGGAAACUCUCAUCUCCCCAUCCUCAAGAAGUGAACUAAAAGUGGGAUUACUUUCCCCGUUUUGAGAAGAGAAAUUACACAUCCAAGGAAUUUCUAUUGGAAGAAGAUGUACCAAAACUUGGCACAAUCACUGUAACUGUGCAUCCUGGUUUAGAACUUCAAGAUAAAAUGUCAUCUGAACCAGUGAAUGUGAAUGACUAUAAAGAAUUGGCUAGGCAAGCACUUCCAAAAAUGUAUUAUGAUUACUAUGCGGGAGGAGCUGAGGACCAGCACACACUUAGAGAAAACAUGCAAGCUUUCCAUAGAAUCAUUAUCCGACCUCGAAUUCUUGUCGAUGUAAGCAAAAUUGAUAUGUCAACAACCAUAUUGGGCUACCUCAUAUCUGAACCUAUCAUGGUUGCUCCAACUGGUGCACACAAAUUGGCACACUGUGAAGGAGAGCUAGCCACAGCAAGGGCAGCAGCAGCUGCAAAAACCAUAAUGGUUCUAUCAUAUGCCUCAUCCUACUCAAUAGAGGAAGUUGCCUCUAGUUGCAAUGCUGUUCGUUUUUUUCAAUUAUAUGUUUUCAGAAAGCGUGAUAUCUCAGCUUUGCUAGUACAGAGAGCUGAGAGAUCUGGAUAUAAAGCAAUUGUCCUGACUGCUGAUACUCCCCGGCUAGGUAGAAGGGAGGCUGACAUAAAGAACAAGAUGAUUACACCUCCACUGAAGAACCUUGAAGGCCUGUUGUCUGUUGAAGUUGGCUCUGAUAAAGGUUCAAUAUUAGAGUCUUUUGUUAACGAGGCUUUUGAUGCAUCUCUUUGCUGGGAAGAUAUAGGGUGGUUAAAAUCAAUCACUAGCUUGCCAAUUCUGAUAAAGGGGAUUCUCACUCACGAAGAUGCAAUUAAGGCUGUGGAAGUAGGCGUUGAUGGAAUUAUUGUCUCCAAUCAUGGAGCCCGCCAACUAGAUUUUUCUCCUGCUACUGUUUCCGUCCUUGAAGAGGUUGUUCAUGCUGUCAAGGGUAAAGUUCCUGUCCUCUUAGAUGGAGGUGUACGACGAGGAACAGAUGUGUUUAAGGCGUUAGCUCUUGGUGCCCAAGCAGUCCUUAUAGGGAGGCCAGUUAUAUAUGGGCUUGCAGCAAAGGGAGAAGAGGGAGUAAGAGCAGUGCUGGAAAUGCUGAAGAAUGAGUUAGAGAUCACCAUGGCUCUUUCUGGUUGCUCAUCUAUCAAGGACAUUACUAGAAGCCUUGUAAGGACACACUAUGAUCAUAACUUGCAAUCAAUGCUUUAAUGUGUUUGCUGAUUUACAAAACCAAAGGGCUCAGACUUCUGCAAGGAUGCAUCUCCAAAUUCAGUAAUGUUAUUCCAAUAUUUGGCCACUUGGAGACAUGGCUUUGUAAUCCAUGCCCAAAGUUUGGGCUAGUUAGAGCAUGUGUGUCGUUGAAGGGGGAACAAUGAACAUGUAUAUGUAUGUAUGUACGUAUGAGGUUUUAAUGCUGUAUCUUGUCUUGGUAAUUUUCAUCUUCAUUUCACCAUGA